UUGUGUCAGCAGUAUCGCUAGUGCUUUAUAUAUAGUCAGUCACAUUUUAUCAACCGUUUAAAAAGAGAUUAUAGGAAGAUCUUCUAAUAACAUUUGUUUAUGCCAUGGAAUAUUGGUCGAUACUACUAUCGAUAGUGAUCGGUGUGAUCAGCAUUCAUUAUUUUUUUAAAAAUUAUAACUUUUUUGAAAGAAAUGGUAUUAUACACUUACCGCCUCUUCCAUUAUUCGGAUCCAUGAUAUCGAUGGUAUUCCGUCGAAUAUCAUUUUUCAAUUUCAUGCUGAAGAUAUACAAUUGCUAUCCAAACGCCAAGUACUUUGGAUUCUACUUCACGACGACUCCAGUCUUUCUGCUUCGCGAUCUGGAACUCAUUAAAACCGUUCUUGUUAAAAAUUUCGAUGCAUUUCCAGAUCGUCGUGGUUUCGCCGACUUUAACAAUCCUUUAUUUGAAAAAAAUUUGUUUUCUCUUCACGGAGAUAAAUGGCGGAACGUGAGGAAUCUGUUGAGUCCAUCUUUUACUUCCAGCAAGAUGAAAAUGAUGUUCACAUUGAUGUCCGAAUGUGCUGUGGAUUUUGCAAAAUUUCUGUCAACAUUAUCAGCAGAUAAAGGCGGUAUAAACAUGAAAGACGUCUGCUCUAAAUAUACAACCGACGUCAUUGCUACAUGUGCAUUUGGAAUCAAAGUCAACUCUAUGAAAGAUCCAACAAACAAAUUCUAUAUUUACGGCAAGGAAGUGAAUAACUUCACAGUCCUUCGUGGUAUAAAGUUCUUUUUUCUUGGAACAUUUCCAAGACUCGGGCGAAUUCUCAAUUUGAAAAUUAUGAACGAUUAUGUUUCGGACUUCUUCAAGGAUAUUAUAAGGACUACAAUCGCCACCCGUGACGCAGAACACAUUACACGUCCGGAUAUGCUGCAGUUGAUGAUGAAUAUCAGAGGCAAAGAAGGUCGUAGAGAACUAGACAUCGAUGACAUGACUGCGCAAGCGUUCAUCUUUUUCCUUGGCGGUUUCGAAACCAGUUCAACCGCAAUGUGUUUCGCAGCUCACGAAAUUGCAGCUAAUCCAGAAAUUCAGACGAAAUUACAACAAGAAAUCGACCAGGUUUUAGAGGAGUCGAACGGAGAAGUGUCUUACGAAGCUAUUAAUCGGCUCGAAUAUUUAGAUGCGGUGAUAUGUGAGGCUCUUAGAUUAUAUCCACCAGUCGCAGUCUUAGAAAGGAUUUGCGAAAAAACUUUUGAAUUACCACCCGCAUUGCCACAUGAAAAACCUUUUAUCAUGAAAAAAGGUAUGCUUGUUUGGAUUCCAGUUCUUGCAAUCCAUCGUGAUGAAAAGUAUUACGAUAAUCCGGAGAAAUUUGUUCCACAAAGAUUUUUAAACAAUAUGCGUAAUUCUUCAUGUUAUAUGCCGUUUGGAUUAGGACCGAGAAUGUGUAUAGCUAACAGAUUUGGCAUGUUGGAAGUCAAAGUCUUGCUUUUUCACUUAUUAGCACGAUGUGAACUGAAACCAUCCGUGAAAACUACGUUACCAAUGAAAUUCCGCAAAGAUACACUAGCAAUGGUGCCGGAGGAUGGAUUCUGCAUUCACUAUCUUUUUAGAAACUUUAAUCUCUUUAAAAGACAUGGUAUUCCACACAUACCACCUGUUCCAAUAUUCGGAUCCGCGAUAUCGGUUAUAUUUCGUCGAAUAUCAUUCGUAGAUUUCAUCCAGAAGGUAUACUAUUUCAAUCCAAACUCCAAAUAUGUUGGAUUCUACUUCAUGACAAAUCCAGUAUUGGUGAUUCGUGAUUUGGAACUUAUUAAAAAUAUCCUUGUUAAAAAUUUUGAAGCAUUUCCAGAUCGUCAAGGUUUCUCCAAUACGAACGACUUUUUAUUCAAGAACAAUUUGUUUUCUCUUCAUGGAGAAAAAUGGCGGAACGUGAGAAAUCUGUUGAGUCCUUCUUUUACUUCCAGCAAGAUGAAAAUGAUGUUCACGUUAAUGUCGGAAUGUGCUGUGGAUUUUGUAAAAUUUAUAUCAACAUCGCCGGCGAAUGAAGAAAGUAUAAACACGAAAGAUGUUUUCUCAAAAUAUACAAACGACGUCAUCGCUACAUGUGCGUUUGGAAUCAAAGUCAAUUCUAUGAAGGAUCCAACGAAUAAAUUUUAUGUUUACGGCAAGGAGGCGAGUAACUUCAGAGGGGUCAUCCGCGGUAUAAAAUUUCUUUUUCUUGGAACUUUUCCCAGAUUUAGCCGAAUUCUCAAUAUAAAGAUUAUGAACGAUUAUGUGUCGAAUUUCUUCAAGGAUAUUAUAAAGACUACAAUCGCUACUCGUGAUGCAGAACACAUUACACGUCCGGAUAUGCUACAGUUAAUGAUGGAUAUCAGAGGCAAAGAAGGUCAUAGAGAACUAGACAUCGACGAUAUGACUGCGCAAGCGUUCAUCUUUUUCCUCGGCGGUUUUGAGACCAGUUCAACCGAAAUGUGCUUUGCAGCUCACGAAAUUGCAGCUAAUCCAGAUAUCCAGACCAAAUUACAACAAGAGAUCGACAACGUUUUGGAGAAAUCAAACGGAGAAGUGUCUUACGAAAUCAUUAAUCGGCUGGAAUAUUUAGAUGCGGUGAUAAACGAGACUCUUAGAUUAUAUCCACCAAUCGGUUUCUUAGAAAGGAUGUGCAAAAAAACUUAUGAAUUACCAUCCGCAUUGCCGGAUAAGAAACCUUUUAUCAUAAAAAAGGAUAUGCUUGUUUGGAUUCCGACUUUUCCAAUCCAACGUGAUGAAAAGUAUUACGAUAAUCCGGAGAAAUUUGAUCCAGAAAGAUUUUUAGACAAUAAAAUGCACAAUUCUUCGUGUUAUAUGCCAUUUGGAUUAGGACCGAGAAUGUGCAUAGCUAACAGGUUUGCUAUGCUAGAAGUUAAAAUUUUGCUAUUUCAUUUAUUAGCGCGAUGUGAGCUGAAACCUUCUGCGAAAACCGCUUCCCCAAUAAAAUUUUGCAAAGAUGGGCUGCUUAUGCCGGAGAGUGGAUUUUGGUUGAAUAUUCAGCGCAGAAAAGAUGUACAUCCUGUGCUAGCAUCUUAUAGUUGUGAAUAACUUCAAUUCACGAUUGUGCUUCAAGUCCGACAAGUCGAGCCGGAUCGUAGUUUGUAGAACUCUGAAAGAUAUGGUUAUAAAUUUUCAACUGUGCGACGCCAUAUCUGCGCAAUUCCGGAACACACGUAACCGAACAGAGGAGCCGAAGCACAGGAUUUCUUAACCUUUGCGGCACGUUGCCUCGAGAGAUCUCAAGGAUGUAACAAUGACGGCAUACACACUCGCAUCGUGUCUUUCUUUCGUUCGUUCCUCCUGUUCCACACAAAGGAUAAAAUAAACAGAUAUGUAUUUGUAACUCCGCUCAAUAAUUGUAACGAAGUAGCACUAAAUAAACCCUGUAUGGUCAUGUUAUCCGUCGAAUGACAACAGUAUUGUACAUUCAGUCUGAAAGAUUUCGUUCGUAAAUUAUUGAAGAAUUUCCGAAGGAUAAACAAAUUA